AUAGGACAAAGCGAGUCAGGGAAAUCGACAUUGCAAAAACAGUUCCAAAUACUGUAUGCCCCGCAAACGUUGGAGAGCGAGAGGGCAGCCUGGCGGGGCAUCAUUUAUGUGAAUGUUAUCGCAACUGUGCGACAGAUAUUCGAAGUUGUUGAACCAACCCAGAAUGACCGAGAUUACGUCCUACAUGGGCGCUUCACAGAAGACGAUAGAGGCAAGUGGGAGGGUCCAUCAAGAUUCACGCCAAGUCCAGCGGGAGAACCAAGUGCCCACGUCGAUCUUCUCACUCUCCGGUAUCGUUUGUCGCCCCUGAUGAGUGUCGAAUCGACUUUGGCCGAACGCUUGGGAGCGGGCUUUCAUGUAGAUGGAGAGACUGGUAGUCAAGAAAUGUUUGUUCGUCGUGGGUGGCAGCAGUUACGACCUCGCGGAACAGGCUCAGAGGCGAAGGCUCGAAGAAAGCGCGGAAUCCCUGAAGGUCGUCCAAGCUUGGAGAUUGACGAGCAGCUGUAUGAAGCAUCAAGAUUGAUCGAGGCAUGCAAGGACGAUAUCCAUUUGUUAUGGAACCACCCUACCGUCCAACGAUUGAUGAUGAAGGGCAGGAUUGUUGUGAAAGAAUCAUCUGAUUUCUUCAUGAACGAAAUAGAUAGGAUAUCCUCUCUUGACUUUGUUCCUACGAAUGACGAUAUUCUUUACGCCCGCAUUCGUACAGUCGGCAUUGCUGAAUACACAUAUCAGCUCCAGUUUGGGGCCAAGAUGCGGACAUGGCGGAUAGUUGAUGUUGGUGGGACAAGAAGACAAAGACAUGCAUGGAUACCGUACUUCGACAACGCAACAGCUAUCAUCUUCCUGUGUCCUGUGUCAGCGUUUGACCAAUGGUUGGACGAGGACCCAACCACAAAUCGUAUCGAAGAUUCGAUGAAAUUAUUCUCCAUCGUCUGCUCGUCGCCACUACUCAAGCGAACCCAUAUCGUUCUCUUUUUGAAUAAGAUUGAUAUCCUGAAGGAGAAACUAAAGAACGGGGCGAAAGUGCGCAAAUCUAUCCCGACGUAUGGAAAUCGGGAGAACGAUGUGGACACGGUAGUGAAGUAUUUCCAAUCGCACUUUCAGACGGUUUUCCGGAAGAGCAAUCCGCCCUCAGAAUCCGGACAUCAGGGGCAAGGUCGUCAAGUACGUCAUGCCGGGUGGAGUCGUUGA